AAAUGUACCAGUUGCACACUUUAUCAGCCAUUCGGGCACGAAAAUUGAUGCGGUCAAAGUGACGCACGACAAGAAGAAAUUUGGCCAAGAACAAAGCUGCCAAUAUCUAGCAUCAGGAAAUAAAAAAGACUUUAAAACAAGAAUGGGUGUCAUAAAAUUGGCGUUGGUUUUCGUUACCUUGGUGUCCUUUGGAAACGGAAGAUCUACAGAAAAAAGAACAGAGAUAGACGCGGAAGCUAAUGAGCUUACAAUCGACCAACGGAGAGAACCAUUUGAAAACGACCUCGAUAUUGAUAUAUACAAGGCUGCAAUUCGAUCAGGAAAGCGCGAUUGUACUUCACCAAUGUGUUGGUUCAGACCUGGCAAGCGAGGGAUGCUUCCCAGAUUCACGCUAGGUUCAAGUAAAAGAAAAUCAAAUGAUAGAAAUGGAGAGUCCUGUAACUCACCAAUGUGCUGGUUUAGAGCUGGUAAAAAGAGGGCUUUUGAUUUUGGGGAAAUCGCAAAAAGGCUGUUACUCAGAAAACCAGCAUUGAAAAGGUUCUUGCAUAAUGUGAUGCAUAGGCAUAAAAAGCUUCAAAGGCAGGUUUCAGAAGAUAAUUGUGAUUCACCAAUGUGCUGGUUUCGACCAGGUCGACAAGUAAAUGACGAAAAGAAAAAGAAAGAAAAAAGAGUCAUCAAUAUGAAUUCUGGCGAGAGGUAUUUCAAGACACAGACUCAAAAGCGGGCGGGUCUGACAGCAACAGGUAAAAAGGAAACCAGUACAAAAUUAUCAGUAGGUAGAGGAAGAAAUGUCGAUACGCACGGAGCAGUAGAGGAUUCAGACUACCAAACAUGGAAGAAAGAAUACGUUGUAGACUAAAAAAUAUAUUUGUUUAUUAAUCAGCUUUGCUACCCAACGUAGAGAUCAUCUUGUUAUCAAUAUUAUUGUUCUUGGCA